AAGAAGACGGAUGUGAGUCCGUGGGUUUUGUGCCACUUUGUAUGUGUGCUUAAGGUAUAUUUGAAGUUCAAAUAUAAUGGCUCAAAUUUGAACCAUACACUCGCUGUCGUGGAGCGUGGACUGGCUAGAGGACAAAAAGAUGGACCGCUACAUGACAUUUUUAGGCCCACUGUAGCGCAGCGAUUACGACCAGAUGACAUACGUCCAGUCAGCGCCGCUGCCACGGACGGAGCUCCUUGUCUACUGGUUGUUGUCAUUUGGCUCCCAUUUUUACUCUUUCUAUGAACUUCACAGGUUCUCAAAAGAGCAUGAAGCCGGAUUGGAUAGACAUUUUCACCUGGAAAGGAGCCUCUUUACGGGGUUUAAAAGGGAUGUGUCAGACUUUGAGUGGACCUUCUGGACCGAGUGGGCAAAAAAGUCCUUGCUGUGGACUCUGAUUGGACAUGCUGUCAUAUCUAGAUUCUGCAGCAUAUUUUACCCACAGUUUCGGGUUGCGGCGCUCACAGUUUACGGCCUGUUUGCGGCCUGCAGUGUGUUGGGACUCAGAGGAGUGUCCGUGUUACUUCUCCAUGUGGCUUUGUCUUUCUCUGUGGCACAACUCAGAAGGCCCGCUCUAUGUUGGACCUGCAACCUUCUGCUCCUCUGCACUCUUCAUGUGCGACCACUUCAAGACAUUCAGAGGGGCUGGUACGAGCAUGAGGAGGAGUACUACCUGCUGCUCUUUGGCGUGGCCGUGGGCACACUUCGCCUCAUCAGCUUCAGUUUGGAGCACUGCGGUCGCACCGCGAUCCAUGGCGCCGCCCUCCCGCAGCUCUGCUGGCUGUUGUCGUACACAUUCUACCAUCCGUUUUUCUACAACGGACCUAUCAUCACUUUUAACGAUUACGUGGAGCAGAUGCAGAAGCCCGCAGAGGAGAGUGACCGGCACAAAGCAGGCGCUCGCUACUUGUUGCUUCGUUCAACACGGAUCCUGAUGUGGUGGUGCAUUGCCGAGUACAUGAUUCACGUCAUGUACAUGCACGCCAUCCAGUCCAAUGAGACCUAUCUGGAGAUUCUGCCACCGUGGGCUUUAGGUGGUCUGGCUCUGGCCCUGGUGCAGUUUUUCUUUGUCAAGUACCUGGUGUUGUUCGGUCUCCCGUCCAUGUUGGCUACGUUGGACCAGCUGGUUCCUCCUGGUCUACCUCGCUGUGUCAGCAUCAUGUACAGCUUCACUGGCAUGUGGCGGCAUUUUGACAAGGGCCUGUAUCGAUGGCUCCUCAGAUACAUCUACGUGCCUCUGGGAGGUUCACAUCACGGAGUGAUGUAUAAAAUGUUAUCCACAGCGCUGGCGUUUGGCUUCGUCUGCCUUUGGCACGGUGGCCAUGACUACCUUCAGUGCUGGGCCCUGAUGAAUUGGCUGGGCGUUCUUGUGGAAACCGGCCUGAAGGCUCUCUUUGGCUCAGCGCUCGUUCGCUCCUUUUUUGAGCGGCAUUCCUCUGCGGCAAUGAGGAGGCGCUGCGCCGCGGUGCUCUCCGCUUUCUCCACGGCCAUGCUCAUCCUCUCUAAUCUGUUCUUCCUCGGGGGCAUUCACGUCGGCAGGAUCUUCUGGAAGCGCGUUUUCCUUCAAGAUGCUCAUCCAGUAAAAGAUGCUGCUGCUGUUUCACAGUGUGCAUUUGGCUGUGGGGUUUUUUUUUGUGCCUCCCAAAUAGAGAGACAUCUGCUUGAAGCCCGGCUCAUUUGCUCGCCAUAGUCACAGCGUCAUCAGUCUUCAUCCAGCAAGAAUCUCACCUCAUUGCCGCCGUUAUCUUUCAACUCAUUACUGGCAUGUGGACCCAGAGCCACCUUUCUUUCUCUUAGGAAUAUCUACUCUUCUUUUUUUCGGGUCUCGACGGCACCGUGCCAUGCGGUUCCAAGCCGGGAGUUUCUAGGCUGCUGAGAAACGCUUCGCGCACAAUUGCUAGGAGCCAAUUACAAAAAAACGACUCAACUGUUUGUUUCCCCUGCCACAAAGCACCUUUUAAUAUUCCUUGCUGUUAACCCUACAGAAUUUGAUGUAUAGUCGUAUAUUUAAACUGAGGUACAGUUUAAAUAUACGACUCCGCUGGUGAAAUGAAUUUACAUUUAUACUGUUUUAGUCCUCCAGGGCCAUAUUUUCCACCAAAACCGUUUAAAUUAGAAAUGGUGGUAAACCCACCUUUUAGGGUGCGUGAAACUGAAAAUGUCAUGGCGGUCUGAUGUAAUUCGCGAUUUGCAUACUCCUGGCGGAAUUCAAUGUUUGCUUUUCCUCCCAACAAAUCAUCUUUUAUGACCAAAUAAAAAUAUAAUCUCCAAACUGUGGUGCAAGGCAAGGCGGCUUCAUAUAGCGCAUUUCAAUGAAGAUAACUCAAUGUGCUUCACAUUAUUAAAAGUACAUUUAAAAGCAAAGUAAAUAACAUAUACUGUAGCUUACUAAAAUCACAAAAAGAACAUAUAGUGCAAGAAUAUUUUUGAAAAAUAAAAUACCUUAAUCAUAAGUGCGGGGGUGGGGGCGGCGGGUGAUUUUAACCUGCAUUUAAAAGCAGUCCUGAGGUGCAUGAGAUAGAAAGACUAAUGCCGGUCUGCUACAAUAUGAUUACUCAUUUACCUAAUUAUUUACCCCCCCCCCCCCCCAAGUGUGAGUUUUAUUUUCCAAAGAGAGAAUUCCCAAACUCUAGUGCACACAUCAUCGGUGUGCAUCAGAUGAAAAGUAUACCGGUAAUUGCAGUCUGUUAAAAUUAAUAUCGUUUUAUUCCCCAAGUGUAACUUCUUUUUCACAAAAUAAAUAUUUAUGGCCUCUAUAGGUGCACUCGUUAUCUAAAAUGUUUUGCUAAGAUGGAAAAGUAAGAUUAAGAAGGGAGAGCAUUUUUUUCCAAAAUGUGAAGUGCAGUCUAUACAACACAAGUCCAGUUCUCUCGAUAGGUAAAUAAUAAUAAUAAAAGGAGUACCUUUAUUCCAGCGGGAUCUUUGUCGUGUUGCCGCAGGUCGAGGAAGCAGGAUGGAGUAAAAAAAAAACAAACAUCUAUUUAUCCUCCAAAAAUACAAAAAAAAAAAAAAAACGUGGAAUCAGCGAUACUUAAACUAACAAAAGUCCAGAAGGGAAAAUUCAAAGUAACAAACCAAAACCGCCAACGGAUUCUACAAGACGUGACGACAAGGACCGAAAACAAACAAACGGACGAGAUAAUGAGGAACACUUGGACAAGACACAAAGGUUUGGAGGGGGCUGAUCGGGUAACACCGGGGAUCGGGUAAACAGCAGGACCUAACAAGACAGACAGACAAAGAAACACAAGGAAAAUUAUUUUCUAAAUCCAAAACCAAAAUCAACAAAGACCCACCAUGCCAAUCUUUUGUUCACUUUAAGAGCUCAAACCAAAUGUCUCAUUUUAGUGUUGUAAGAAACGCAGAGCAGACAUUGCAACGUUACAAAAAAAAAUGAGACUUCUUUUAAUUGCUCGGGGGCAGCUGCAGGUGAUUAAAAAGUAAUAACGCACUCACUCAAUUCCACAUCUUGUAAAACAACAACAACGGGAGGAAAAAAAGGCUUAAAAAGUUAUUCUAUUACAAGGAUAAAUGUCUUCAAUAUGUGUGAGUGUGACCCUUUCCGAGACCCUUAGGCCAGACCAAAUCUAGGAGAGUUGCAUUAAUUCCUCUGCUUAUUAUUAAUCUUCUUUUUUUUUUUAAUCAAAUGGACGUGUUUGAAACAGUACUACAUUUCAGGUAUAGGCGCUUUAAAUAAUAGUCAUUUCAUGGUCAUAAAUUGACAGGCCCCAGUCGUGUGCAUUGUGACUCUUCAGCCAAUCAAAAGAUCACCUUUGAGAGUGGGCGUGUACAAGGCGGCCAAGUACUCAAAAUGAAGCACAUUUUUUUGCGAAUCUUAAUGUGAUGCGUUUGUUUCACCGGAAAACCAUAUUCCACUCAGUCAUGUUUCGCAGCUGACCUUCUUCACGCGCACACAACUGUCAUCUGGCUGUUAAUAAAUGAAGAGGAACCUACAAAAAGAAA